AUGGUUCGCACAAGAUUCGUGAAUGGUUUACGAAUACUGAAUGCAUUGCCGGGUGUUAAAUUUCUUUUUGCGAAUCCGUUCCGUUUAACUGCAGAUAAAUCGACGUUUUACCACCCGCAAGAAUUGUUCGCGUUGCAAUUAAAACGUAAACCGAUACGAAUAAAACCCCCCGAAACUAAGUACAAAACCCCCGGAGUUUUCACCGUUCGUGCAUUCCCCACAGCCGAAGAAAUCAACCUGGAAGCUCUUUUACCAGUUCUUGAGGACGCGUUGUCGUUGAAAGCCGAACAUAUUCAACAAAGUUUGGAUGUUUUGAGAGCAGUGAAUGAGUCGACUCUUGGGUGUGAGUCUCAAGAGAUUUAUGUUUUUCGGGAAGGAGUUGUUGUGCUUUGGAACGUCCCUUCGAUAGCAAUUAACAAUAUUUUGGCAGAAGUACACAAAUUUGAACAUCAUCGUUACGCUAAUCACGUGGUUGAGCAGGACUCUGAAACAAUCGGAUACGUUUACAAUUACAAUCAAGAAGAUUACGUUGGAAUGACCGAAAAACAAGAAGUCAUGUUAUCACCCACAAACACUCAGUGGGAAAAAUACGUAACAUCCCACGUAUUAGCAGCCAACGUUAAAUUAACAGUUUGGGAGCGACAAUUAGAAAAAUAUAUAAGAGACGUAGAAUUUAUUACGGAAGAUUUAAAGUAUGGGAGGCAAAUUCGCAUGUCAGAACAUCGCGUUUUAAGGAAACACGGCGCAAUCUUUGCGUUACGACACGUAAUCAAUUUAAGUUCAGCGCUUUUAGAACCCCCUCAAAUGAUGAAUUAUACGAUCCGAUUAGACACCAUGUACAAGGAUUUAAACACUUUCUAUGCAAUGCAAAAACGGUUACGAUUUAUUAAAGAAAAAAUGAACCAUUGUCUCGAAUUAAUAUUGUUAUUAAGCGCUUAUUUAAAAGACAAACACCGAUUGAGACUAGAAUGGCUGGUUAUCGGAUUGAUUCUCAUCGAAUUAUGUUUCGAAACGUUUUAUUGUGUCGAUAGAUUUUUUCCUAUUUUUAAGUAA